ACUAUCAGCAUAUCGUGUUGUUUUCCAAUCGCACCACGGAAUAAUUUAGAGAUUUUAAUGAACAAAGUUACUGCAGUGCAAUAAUGUCCAGCAAUUUCCGCAACACCACGCUCAAUGAGGAACGGGUAUUCAGUAGUGGCCCCGGUUUUCCUAGUCUUUCGACUAGUCAUCCUCCACCGCUGCCACCUAGACCACAGUUUACGGGUGGUGGGGGGGACAUGAUGUACGGAAGCAGAUACGGGUUCGCAGGCCAAUCGGGGAUGCAUGGCUACAGCCCUUAUGGAGGAUACUCCCCAAUGGAUUACUACGGACAUCGAGGAUACGGUGGGUUCAUGGGACAGGGUGGCUACGGUGGCUACGGGAAUCCGGGGACUUUGAACUAUCCAGAGCACAGGUUUAUUCAACUAGCAGAGGAGAGCUCUCGUCCAGCGUUCCAGAUACUUGAAUCGCUAGUCGGAGCGGUCGGCAAUGUUGCCACUAUGCUCGAUUCCACAUUUUUUGCAGUAACCAGCUCAUUCCGUGCAGUGCUGAGUGUGGCAGCAAACUUGGCCCACCUUAAAGGAACAUUUGCUCAAUUCUGGUCAUCGCUGGCUCUAGUACGGGCAGCAGUUUGGUUGUACAAAAAAAUGCUCUAUAAACUCAGAAUUACCAAAACAGAUCCUACGAUGGAGGCAUUCAAGGAAGCGUUCCGCAUUUCUACCACCGCAGAUGGCAGCGCACCGGAUGGCGCGCAGCGAAAACAUUCGUCCUCGUUGCUUGCUGCACUUUUCAUGGGAUUUAUGUUAUCGGUCCCAUACAUACUGAUCAAGCUAUUCGCCCCCAAAAUGAACGAAGACACUGUGUCGGCUGACCCUAAACAGUGGAGCAAUCCGUUGGAAGUGCAAGUGCUGCAUAACUUCGAUGCUUCCAACCCUCAGGAAUUGACAAUCCGCAGUGGACAAAUGCUGCUACUAGCACCAAAGCAAAUUCAACUGGACAGGCAUCUGCUCAAUACUGGGUGGGUGUUGGCCGCUUCAAUGGACCGGAAAAGUUCCGGCAUCAUUCCAUUAAAUUAUGUACAAGCUUUAAAGCAGACAACAGAGACUCUGUAGGAUUCUCUGUGAGCCAUUAGGAUUUGGGUAGUGUUAGGUGGGCACGGAUAGUGUAAGUGAAAAGAAAUAUACUCUGCCACUCAUUA